AUGACUUUUCGUAAAAUGGUCCCAUGUUUCAUUCGUUCUUAUCAAGAUGCCAUACAUGAACUCAACAAGUCUAUUAAGCUGUCGAAUUAUUUAACACCGUCAAAUCCAAGGCUUUUGAAAGAACAAAGAUAUGGGUUGUCCGCUGUUUAUUGCUCUGCUGUUGGAAUUGAAGAUCAGCAACUACGUGACUUACAUGCUAUACAUGUUACAGGGUCUAAAGGCAAAGGUUCAGUUUGUUCAAUGAUUGAGAACGUUUUACAGAAAUCCGGAUUUCGCACUGGGUUUUUAAGCUCUCCUCACCUCAUAAACGUUGAGGAAAGAAUACGGAUAAACGGACGACCCAUAUCUCGUGAUCACUUUGCUAGUUUAUUUUGGGAUGUGCGUGGAACGCUUCUUGAGUUUACAAAAACUUCAAUUAAUAUACCUAUGCCAUCGUUUCUUCAUUACAUUUUUGUGAUGGCUUGUAAAGCGUUUAUUGAUGAGAAAGUAGAUGUCGGGAUUUUCGAAGUUGGUAUCGGCGGACGCUAUGAUCAUACAAAUAUUUUCAAACUGGUUCUAUAG